CAGCUGAUGAGCGUAUUGGCAGCUGCAUCGUUCCGCCCUGCUGAGUUAUUGGGAUUUGUUUGCUGCUUUUCCUGCUUUGUAUUGAAGCUGUGCCUGCAGCACCUCUAUGGCGAGGGAAGCCACAGAGGAUGUUCUCGUCUUCGUCCAGGAACUCUCGGUUUUCGCCCUGGUCAUCAAUGGAGCAGUCAGACUCUGAACUGCUGGACAUCAGCACCAAAGUGCAGCUGCAUGGCGUGCUCUGGAAGAGGCCGUUCGGUCGGCCAUCAGCCAAGUGGUCGCGCAGAUUCUUCAUCAUCAAAGACAGCUUCUUGCUCUACUACGCAGAAAGUGAGAAGAGAAACUUUGAGACCAACAGGUACUUCAACAUUCACCCCAAGGGAGUCAUUCCUCUGGGAGGAUGUGUGGUGUCAGCAAAUGAAGACUUGGGGAUGCCCUUUGCCAUCAUCAUCAACCUUGAAGAUUUCUCUGGCACCAUAGUGCUGGCUGCUGAGUCUCAGGAGGAGCAGGUCCAGUGGAUGGAAAUGCUCCAGGAGUCGGGGAAAGUCACAUGGAAAAAUGCACAGCUGGGGGAAGCAAUGAUUGAAAGUCUGGAGGCUCAGGGCUUGCAGCUGGCCAAAGAGAAGCAAGAAUACCUGGAUAAACUGAUGGAAGAGACUGAGGAGCUUAGUCAUCAACGAGCUCAGAGAGAGGAGCUGGAGCGUCUGAACCAGAUCCUGGAGGAGGAGAAACAGAAGUUUGAAGAAGUGGUCGUGGAGCUAAAGGCGGAGCAGGAGCAGAUCAAACUCGACCUGGAUGGCACAGCUCAGUCCCUGAAAGGUGUCGAGCGUGAAAAAGAAGAGCUGAGCAGCUUGACGGUCACACUGCAAAAAUCCCUCGAGGCAGAGAUAGAGUCUCGGAUGGAGCUGGAGAGGAGGCUAAAAGAGGCUGAAGAGGCUCUGCAGAAUUUGGAGAAAGGCCUGAACUCACUGGAGCGUACCAAAGAGAGAGAUGAGAAGAUGAAGGGCGACGUCACGCAGCUGAGGAGGUUCUUUGAGGAGUGUAUCUGUGCAGCAGAAAUUGAGGCAAAGCUCCCAGCCAUAAUGAAGAAUGCAGUAUACCUUCACAAAGCUGCUGCGCGCAGAAUUAAGAGCUGCCGAAUCCAGAGGCGAGCUUCGAAGCGUCACUGGUUGAAACACUCCAAGUCGUUCGCUGUAGCCAACGUUGACGGCAGCAGCAUCGAGGAGCUGAGGGAGACCGCCCAACGCCUGACCUCGGACAGCAGCUUCAGAGAGAGCGUGUACAAGAUCAUGGCUCGCAAGGACGCCACAAACAUAACAGACGUCUGAGAGGAGAUAGAGCGAGGUAAAAGAAGAGAAACGGUCCUUAACUUCACCUCAGUCUCAGAGUCACCCAGAGUUGCUGUUACCAAACCCAUCAUUAAGACGCUGUAAAUGAAUGUGCACAGAAAUCUGUGUUAUUUGAAACCAUGACAAAGUUUUAGUUGAUCAGUCAAAAUUUAAAAGAUUAAAUAUAAGAGCACUUUUUCUGUUCUCUCAUGGUCUGAUGGCUUUGUUGUCUUUUUGACUCAACAGUUCUAGGAAUGUUAGGGCCAGUGGAGUUAAACUGGGAACUAAAUUUCUACAGCAGGGAAAACUGUGAAGAUUAGGCAAAUAAGAGCGACUGUGGAGCCUAAGGCGCCUAGGUGAAAAACAAGACUCCAAAGCAGCUCUUGACUUUUGCUGUAUAGAGCUGUGGGGAUUUAUUUUAGAGUAGAACUUUUAAUUUUUUCAUUAACAUAAAUUAUGUCUUUUGUUGACCAGAAGGAACUAAUCACAUAAGCUAAACUAAGAAUGCCACGUUACCUACUCCUUUUCAGGUUUACUGUUAUUUAUUUUUAGCAUAACCUUUAAGAAAGCAUUAAUAAUAACCCUAUUUAAUUAUUGUCUGAAAUUUCUAUUUAUUAGGGUGUUGUUGAUUGUAUCAGUUUAUUUACUAUAUAGUGCUGUCAGAAAAGAGUCAUAGUCACUCA